AUGGCUACCUUCUUCAGCGAUUCGGGACAACAAUUCGGGACAGCAAGUCAAGAAGUUUUAAAUAAUUUUGGGCCUGAAAUUAAGCACGUUAUUACAAGCGAGGACUUAUCUGUAAAUCCAAUAGUGAAGUUACCAGUGUAUCCGCCAACACCAGAAAGCAUCAAAACAUGCGCCUCGGAAGAUUCAAAUUGUGAUCAAAGUAGUGAGAGUUCUUUGAAGAAAUUUGCUGAUCAACGGAAGGUUCUUGAUGGAAAAGCAUGUACUCGUAAGCAACGGUCAUAUGUUAGAAAAGAAUUUAAUUCAAAACGGAGAGUGAGAACUGCUUUUACCAACGAUCAACUUCUUUAUCUGGAGAAAGAAUUCAUCGCACAGGAUAAAUAUUUAUGUCGUCCAAAAAGAAUCGAAGUCGCCAAAAAUUUGGGUUUGAAUGAAAGACAGGUUAAAGUCUGGUUUCAAAAUCGUCGUAUGAAAGAUAAGAAAGCUGGAUCAGUCAAAGAUGAUAAAGACAAGGAGAAGGAUUCUAAGACUGCUUUGCCUAGGACCAGAAUUGGAUGCAGAAAGAGACACGUGGAAGUCAAGAUAGAAAAAACAUACCAGAACACCAUCUUAGUGUCUUCUGUUCCUGCUCUUGCUCCUCCUCCUCCUCCUCCUGCUUCAGUUAUUUACGGAGAUAAUCAAAUGAAUACUUUCAACCACAAGAGCUACUUAUCCAGUGACAUCCACCACCAUCCGCUGAGUGAUUGGAAUCUCCACAACAGAAUAAACUACAAUAUGAUCCAAAGUCAGAACUAUAAUAAUUCUAGUGGUCCUGACGGGUGCAUUGUUGGCAACAAUCAUCCUACUGUUAUUCACAACGAUUCUUACAAUUGGAACUAUAACUACAACAACGAAAAUAGUUUAAUCCCCAACGGAUACGAAAACGAAGUCAAGUCUAAAGAAACAUAUUACUCUUAUUAUCCUAAUGAAUACAUUUCUAAUAAUGAUUAUUAUUAUCCACCUGAUUGCAACAAUCAGACUGCUGAUCAAAAUUCAAACUAUUCCGGAUCAUCUCCUCAAUCAUCCAAUUCCAACGAAUUCGGUGAUCUAAUUCAUAAUUACAGAUGUUUAACUAGCGUAAUAAAUAUUUAA